AUGGCCUUUGUCAAAGAAGAAUCACAGGAAUGUGAAUUGAAGCAAAUGUUAAACCAACAAAAAUGUGAAUUGAAACCAGUAGGCAAAAUCAAACAAGAGGCCCACAAGCCUGUGCUCCAGGAUGAGAGUGACACUGAAGAUGGUUGCCAUCUGAAGAUAAUUACUUUGCAGGAAGCAAAAAAAGAGGAGAUUGGUGAUUGGGACCUUGAUGCUUUUGAAACGUCUAUCGAAUUGAAUACAAACACUCAUGAUGUUAAUCAAGGACUCAGCUUGGAAGGAAGACUGAAUGAGUCCUGUGACAAUGGAAUGAGUUUCCUUGCAGCAGGGGGAAAUCUUACCCAGUCACCAAUUAACACAGGAGAAAAAACAUACCAGUGCUCACAGUACGGGGAAACACACACAAGAAACGGAGACAGUGCAAAGCCAACUGGAAAGAAAUAUUGUUGCUCGCACUGUGGGAAGACCUUUGCCACCUUAAUUCAUUUCAUUGUGCACCAACAAAUUCACCGGGGAGAUGGGAGAGGAGAGCGGCCAUUUCAUUGCUCUCAGUGCGGAAAAAGUUUCUACCGAGAGAAGGGUCUGAAGACACAUCUGCAAAGUCAUAAAGGAGAGAGACCACACCGUUGCUCUAAAUGUGGGAAGUUGUUCACUGUUAAGUCACUUUUGUUGAGUCAUCAGCGCAGUCACACAAGAGAGAGGCGAUACCACUGCUCCAAGUGUGCUCAAAGUUUUGCUUCUAAAGCAAAAUUUGAAAGACACAUGCAAGUGUACUUAGAAGAGAUACUAUAUAGUUGUUCACAGUGUAAAAAAAACUUCAUGACAGAAUGCAGUUUGAAUAGACACAAACAAACACAUAUUAGGAAGGAAACAAACAGCUAUUUUAAACAAUUAGCAACAAAAGAAAAAAUAUAUAGUUGCUCCCACUGUUCCAGGUCAUUUACAGUAUUAACAAAUUACAUUGUACACCAGCAAAUUCACAGAGGUGAGGGGACAGAGGAAAGGCCAUUUUGCUGUUUGCUGUGUGGGAAAAGAUUCUACAGGGAGUAUGGUCUGAAAUUGCAUGAGCAAAGUCACAGGACUGAGAAGAUACACUGUUGUUCUGAAUGUGGGAAGUCUUUCAGAACAGAAUCAGUUCUGAUUAGUCACAAAUGUACUUGCAUAAAGAAAAGGCAUUACUGCUCCAAAUGUGGCAGAAGUUUUACCUUGAAAAGUACUUUUGAAAGUCACAUGCAAAUGCACUCUGGAGAGAAAAAAUACAAUGUCUCUCCAAGUGUGAAAAGCCUGCCUUCAGAGUCCUCUCGCAGGAGACUCAAGGAAACACACGCUGUAAAGGAACAAAGUCACGGUUUUCAACAAGCGGCUUCAAAAACUAAGUCAUACAGCUGUUCCCAUUGUGGCAGAACCUUUACUAUGUUAACAAAUUAUAUUGUGCACCAGCAAAUUCACAGAGGUGAAGGAAGAGAAGAAAGACCAUUUUGCUGCUCUCAGUGUGGGAAACGCUUCUACAAAGAAGACAGUCUGAAGAAACACCAUCAAAUUCACACCGGAGGCAGAGCACACCAAUGCUCUCAAUGUGGAAAGUCAUUUCGAACAAAGUCAGUUCUACUGAGUCAUCAGAAUAUUCAUGAAAGGCAAAAACAAUACCAUCAUCUCAAGCCUGAUGGGGGAUUUGCCUCAAAAAGCAAUUCUGAUGAAGAUAUCCAUAUGCACUCCAGAGAAAGAUUACACAAUUGCUCCUGGUGUGGGGAAAUGUUUUCCACAGAAUAUUUUCUCAAAAGACACCAGCAGUCACACUGCAAGAAAAGAUCUCUUGGCUGUUUUAAACAAAUACAGACUAAACAAUACUGUUGUUCCAACUGUGGUAAGGUAUUUACAACAUUAACUAAUUUUGUCGUACACCAGCAAAUUCACAGAGGACAAGGGAGAGGAGAGAGACCAGUUUAUUUCUCCCAGAGCGGGAAAUGUUUCUACAGAGAGAAUGGUCUGAAAUCACACCAGCAAACUCCAACUGGAGAAAGACGACCGGAAAAUGACACGCUUAUUAGCAAAACACAUUUUGGCAAACCGAUGACUGAGGGAUUAGGAUCAUACCCCUUUUCCUAUGGUGAGAAGACUUUUACAACCAGCUCAAUUGUAAAACAGCACCAACAAAAGCACACCAGCGAAGAAAUGGGAUGUGAUGGACAGGUUCAAUAUGCCACUAGAGAAACUGUGUUAGGUGACAGCUGCUUGGCAAAUAAUAAUUCUGCAUCAACAGAAAACUCAGGAGGAGGGGAGAUAGUAUUGGGGAAGGAUAGAAAGAGGGAGAUACAGAACACCAUGCCUUUUAAAACUUCACCUAAAUUUGACAUGGAUGAACACAGCAUUCCGCACAGGGUUCAUUUAGACCGUUUCAGUAACUUGCAGACUAUAGAAACAUGUCAGGAAACGUUGGAGACACCUCACGUUGGAUUUGACAUUAUACCUCAAUUUUAUCCUGACGUCUGCCAUAGAGUGGAAAGCUCUGGGUCCACCUCAGCUGAUGGAGUUAUCGGGGAAGAAUCUGUAAGGACUGGAGAAGUGCUGAAGUCAAUUACAGCCUGAAGUCUGGAACGCAUAGACAUCACUAGACGCUGGGUUUCAUCCCUGGUGAUGCUCUGCCAGGCCUCUACUGCAAC